AAGUUGUUCACAUGCAGGGAGGUGUGGCUGGAGCUGCAUGAACAAAGUGAAUAAGCUAAAGUAGUUUUGGCUUAUAGUGUCCCUUUAAUGCUCCUAGUAAUUCAUAGUACGAAACAGAACAAAAACACUGAUUUACUUUCAAGAGACACUCCAGACCCCUAAGCACUUCAACUUUGGUGCCUUCCCAUCUCUAGAUAGAUGAGAAUAAGAGAUCUAAGCACCCCAAAAACGGUUUUCAAAAUACCAUGGAUUCCAUUAAUUUUCUGAUACAUUAUCUACACGGUACAUUAAAAAGGGUAAUUUUACACAAUUGUUUCCCUUUAAUUUGUAAUGUUGAUAUUAGCCAAAGACCAACUUUUUGAAGAGGCCCCCAUAGUCUGAAUAGUUAUAUUAGGUAGCAUGGGUUAUGAAUGUAAAGCCUAGGACAAUAAAAAACAACUUUUGCCAAAACUGUAUUCUAGGGCCUAGAACAGGCUUUCCCAAACUCUGGCCCUCCAGAUGUUGCUGAACUACAACUCCCAUGAUUCUCAGCCUAUUUCAUUCAUAGAAUCAUGGGAGUUGUAAUUUAGCAACAUCUGGAGGGCCAGAGUUUGAGGAAGCCUGGCCUAGAAUCUCAGCUAUGAAAUUUAUGUAGAUGUGUAAAUGCAUCCAUUUAUCUAUUUUAACUUCCUUAUUUUUCACACUAGUGUCUCCAUGGACACAAAUCUAGAAGACAACGACCUCACUAGGAUUAAAAAUGACUGCUGCUCAGAAACCAGGUGUUCAGAAGCACCGUUCCAAAAAAAGGAGAACCAGGUUAGAAUUCUUACCACGGAAGAGGCAGCCAAGCUACAGAAUGACAGAGAACUGGUCUCUGAGUUUAAACAGUUGAAAUUGGAGAGAGAAGCGCAGAAGAACUGGGACCUUUUUUACAAGAGAAAUACCACUAACUUUUUCAAGGACAGGCACUGGACCACAAGGGAGUUUGAAGAACUUAAAGCCUGCCGGGAGUUUGAGGACCAGAGGCUUACUAUUCUGGAAGCUGGGUGCGGUGUAGGUAACUGCUUCUUUCCACUUCUAGAAGAGGAUCCACAUCUGUUUGUUUACGCCUGUGAUUUCUCGCCACGUGCUGUUGAGUUUGUAAAGAAAAACCCUUCGUACAGCGAGGACACUUGCAGAGCUUUCCAGUGUGAUCUGACCAAGGAUGAACUGACUGAUACCAUCACUGAAGAGAGUGUAGAUGUAGCCACCUUGAUCUUUGUACUUUCUGCUAUUCAUCCAGACAAGAUGCAAAUUGCAGUAAGAAAUAUUUAUAAGGUUUUGAAACCAGGUGGAUAUGUUUUGUUCAGAGACUAUGGGCUGCACGAUUAUGCCAUGUUACGGUUUAAAUCAGGGAGCAGGCUAGGAGACAAUUUCUAUGUCAGGCAAGAUGGGACAAGGUCAUAUUUCUUCACCAACGAAUACCUUCUGCAGCUCUUCACGGAGGCAGGAUAUGAAGAAGUAUUGAAUGAGUAUGUGUUUCGAGAGACUGUUAAUAAAAAGGAGGGUCUCUGUGUUCCUCGAAUCUUUGUUCAAAGUAAAUUUCGCAAACCACAGAACAGUAAUGCAUUUUAGUGUUUUUUU